AUGCCAUGUGCCCAGAGGAGCUGGCUUGCAAAGCUCUGGGUGGUGGCCCAGCUCCUGCCCUUGGGGACCCUGGGCGAUGGGGGGUCGCCUCUGCCGCGCCCCGUGCGCUUCCCCGACAAGAGGCAAGAGAAUUUCAUCAAGACCCUGCCUGAGUACCAUGUGGUGGGUCCUGUUCAAGUAGAUGCGACGGGGUGUUUUCUGUCCUACGGUUUACACCACACCAUCACCAGCCACAGAAGGAGGAGAGAUGCAGGAAGCCCGGAGCCGCGGGUAUAUUAUAAAAUUGCCCAUGAAGACAAGGACCUGUUUUUCAACUUGACCGUCAAUGAGGAAUUUCUCUCCAAAAGCUACAUUGUCGAGAGGAGAUACGGGAACUUGUCCCAUGUGAAGAUGGUGGCUUCCUCGGGCCCCCCCUGUCAUCUCUGGGGUACAGUUCUGUACCAGGGUAGCAGGAUAGGGACUGCAGCCCUCAGUUCCUGCCAUGGACUGACUGGAUUUUUUCACCUGCCACAUGGAGACUUCUUCAUUGAGCCCAUCCAAAAGCAUUCACUAACCGAGGAAGGCUACUACCCACACAUCGUUUACAGGAGGAAGAGCUGGAGAGAUCCUGAGGUGGAGGAGCCCUCCUGUGGAUUAAAGGAUAGUCUUGGCACCUCCCAGAAGCAAGAGUUACAACGGGAGAAAUGGGAAAGGAAUAACUUGCAGAGCAGAAGCCUUUCCCGGCGUUCCAUAAGCAGAGAGAGAUGGGUGGAGACCCUGGUGGUGGCUGACACGAAGAUGGUUGAAUAUCAUGGAAGUGAGAAUGUGGAGUCCUAUAUCCUCACCAUCAUGAACAUGGUCACUGGUUUGUUUCAUAACCCAAGCAUUGGCAAUGCAGUUCACAUAGUUGUAGUUCGGCUCAUUCUGCUUGAAGAAGAAGAGCAAGGGUUAAAAAUAGUGCACCAUGCUGAGAAGACACUGUCCAGCUUCUGCAAGUGGCAGAAGAGCAUCAAUCCCAAGAGUGACCUCAGUCCUGCCCAUCAUGAUGUGGCCGUCCUUCUCACCAGAAAAGACAUCUGUGCUGGUGUCAAUCGCCCUUGUGAGACCCUGGGUCUGUCACACCUGUUGGGAAUGUGCCAGCCUCACCGGAGUUGUAACAUCAACGAAGACUCUGGACUCCCUCUGGCUUUCACAAUUGCACAUGAGCUGGGGCACAGCUUUGGCAUUCAGCAUGAUGGAAAAGAAAAUGACUGCGAGCCAGUGGGCAGACACCCAUACAUCAUGUCCCGCCAGCUCCAGUACAAUCCUGCCCCGCUGACAUGGUCCAAGUGCAGCAAGGAGUACAUUACCCGCUUCCUGGACCGAGGUUUGGGGUUCUGUCUUGAUGACGUCCCCCAAAAGAAAGGCUUGAAGUCCAAAGUCAUUGCCCCUGGAGUGAUCUAUGAUGUUCAUCACCAAUGCCAACUGCAAUAUGGUCCCAAUGCUACCUUCUGCCAGGAAGUAGAAAAUGUUUGCCAGACCCUGUGGUGCUCCGUGAAAGGCUUUUGUCGCUCGAAGCUGGAUGCUGCUGCAGACGGGACACGGUGUGGCGAGAAGAAGUGGUGUAUGGCUGGCAAAUGCAUCACAGUGGGGAAGAAGCCAGAGAGCAUUCCCGGAGCGUGGGGCGGCUGGUCGUCCUGGUCCCACUGUUCCAGGACCUGUGGGGCUGGAGCCCAGAGUGCAGAGAGACUCUGCAACAACCCUGAACCAAAGUUUGGAGGAACGUACUGCACAGGAGAAAGAAAGCGGUACCGCCUAUGCAAUGUCCAACCCUGUCGCCCAGAUGCACCAACAUUUCGGCAAAUGCAGUGCAGUGAGUUUGACACUGUUCCCUACAAGAAUGAAUUCUACCGCUGGUUCCCAGUUUUUAAUCCAGCCCAUCCCUGUGAGCUCUACUGCCGACCCAUAGAUGGCCAGUUUUCCGAGAAAAUGCUGGAUGCUGUCAUUGAUGGUACCCCAUGUUUUGAAGGCGGAAACAGCAGAAAUGUCUGUAUUAAUGGCAUGUGUAAGGCCGUAGGCUGUGACUACGAGAUCGAUUCCAAUGCCACGGAGGAUCGCUGCGGCGUGUGCCUUGGGGACGGCUCUGCUUGCCAGACUGUGAGGAAGAUGUUUAAGCAGAAAGAAGGAUCUGGUUAUGUUGACAUCGCACUCAUUCCGAAAGGAGCAAGGGACAUACGGGUCAUGGAGAUUGAAGGAGCUGGAAACUUCUUAGCCAUCAGGAGUGAAGACCCCGAAAAGUAUUACCUCAAUGGAGGAUUUAUUAUCCAGUGGAAUGGGAACUAUAAGUUGGCCGGGACUGUCUUUCAGUAUGACAGGAAAGGAGAGCUGGAGAAACUGAUGGCCACAGGCCCCACCAAUGAAUCAGUGUGGAUCCAGCUCCUCUUCCAGGUGACUAACCCCGGCAUUAAAUAUGAGUACACAAUACGGAAGCAUGGUCUUGACCGAGAUGCCGAGCAGCUGGUGUACUUCUGGCAUUAUGGCCCCUGGACGGGGUGCAGUGUCACGUGUGGAACAGGUAUCCGCCGCCAGACUGCCCAUUGCAUGAAAAAGGGCCAUGGGAUGGUGAAAGCUACAUUUUGUGACCCAGACACACAGCCCAAUGGGAGACAGAAGAAGUGCUAUGAAAAGGAUUGUCCACCCAGGUGGUGGGCAGGAGAGUGGGAAGCCUGUUCCACCACGUGUGGCCCCCACGGAGAGAAGAAGCGAAUCGUGCUGUGCAUCCAGACCAUGGGCUCUGAUGAGCAGGCGCUCCCCGCUGCACACUGCCAGCACCUGCUGAAACCCAAGGCCCUCGUCUCCUGUAACAGAGAUGUCCUGUGUCCAUCAGACUGGACAGUGGGCAACUGGAGUGAGUGCUCUGUCUCCUGUGGCGGUGGGGUACGGAUUCGCAGUGUCACCUGUGCCAAGAACCAGGAUGAGCCUUGUGAUGCAAGGAAGAAACCCAACAGCCGAGCUCUGUGCGGCCUCCAGCAGUGCCCAUCGACCAGGAGAAAUCUGAAACACAACAGAGGCGCGGUUCCCACCGGGAGGAAUCCACUGAUGUCACAGCCCAGUGCUCCCCCGACACCCGGCCCUAGGCUGCCGACCACACCCUCGGGGGCUGCACCUGUGAGCACCAGUGUACUGAGCACCCCCAGUCCAGCUCCAACCACAGUCUCCACAGGCGACCUGGCUGGAGGAUGGGGCCACAACAGUUCCACCCCCACAGAACUGGGUCCCAGUGGUGACCUUUCCACCGGAAGCACAUCUCAGCCCGCCCUCACAUCCAGGCCUUUGAGUCUCCAGCCGAAUGACAAGAACGUUUCCGGUUCAGGAGACGGGCCUCCCUCCCCGGGAGAUCUUAACGCCUCAAUGAUGAGUGAUGCUGACUUGUCCUCUCCCAGCAUCCCCCCUACUUGGCCGGUCACUCCGUUUUAUGACAUCUUGACCAAAGAGCCAGAAAUAGAGAUUCAGAGCGGCUCAGGAGAAGACAGCGAACUACUGGAAAAUAAAAAUGAAAGCAGCUCUGUCACAUGGACCAAGAUCAGCACCUCUGGAAGUGUGGCUUCAGGGACAGAAACGCCUCUUGGACCGCCACCAACACCUUAUAUAGAGGGAGCCUCCUGGGGGUCGCCUUUCACCCCAGUGAGGGGAGGAAUGCUACCCAGCCAAAGACCCCCAACUCUCGAAAAUGGUGCGCCCGCAGCAGAGGGGCUGGUCACAGAAAAGCCAGCUAACACUUCACUUCCUCUGGGAGGACACCAGAAGCCAGCCUCCUCAGAAAAGUCAGUAAACGGUCAGCUUCCUGAAGAUCCCAACCACACGAAUAUAACACAGAGCUCAGAUCCCAUCCUGACUGAGGAAGAUGCGGCAAGUCUGAUUGCUGAGGGCUUUUUGCUGAAUGCCUCUAAUUACAAGCAACUCUCCACUCAGCCUGACCACAACCCGGCUUACUGGAUCGUAGGAAACUGGAGUGAGUGCUCCACCACAUGUGGGCUGGGGGCCUACUGGCGAAGCGUGCACUGCAGCACCCAGAUGGAUUCCGACUGCGCAGCCCUGCGGAGACCCGACCCUGCCAAGCGCUGCCACCUGCGUCCCUGUGCAGGCUGGAAAGUGGGCAAUUGGAGCAAGUGCUCCAGAAACUGCAGCGGUGGCUUCCGGCUGCGGGAGAUCCAGUGCGUGGACGACCGGGACCAGCGGAGCCUGCGGCCCUUCCACUGCCAGUUCCUGGCCGGGCUCCCGCCCCCGCUCAGCGUGGUCUGCAACGCCGAGCCCUGCACGGAGUGGCAGGUGGAGCCCUGGAGCCAGUGUUCCAAGUCCUGUGGAGGUGGCAUUCAGGAGAGAAACGUGACCUGUCCUGGGGAUCUGUGUGACUGGACGAAGAGGCCCCCGACCACCUCACCCUGCAACAGGAGCCCCUGCUGCCACUGGGAGACCGGGACUUGGGAGCUGUGCUCCACUUCCUGUGGAGGGGGCCUUCAGAAGAGGACUGUUCGCUGUGUCUCUUCAGAGAACAGCGAAACUGAAGACCAUGACCAAUGCACGUGUGAUCAUGAACCCAAACCUCCAGAGUUCCAGAAGUGCAACCAGCAGGCCUGUUGGAAGAGUCCUGAUUUGCUUUGCACUAAGGACAAGUUAACAGUCAGUUUCUGCCAGACUCUCAGAAGCAUGAGGAGAUGUUCUGUGCCCACUGUGAGAGCCCAGUGCUGCUUCACAUGUUCCCAGACACCCAUCCACAGCCACAGGCCAAGGAAACAGCCUUUGCUCAGCAACUCCAAAGCACUCUAAUUCCGGACCAAAGCUCUAACCCUCCACCCUGGACUGCAGCGCCCCACUGACCCUGGCGUGUCUCAGCUUGGGACACCUUCACUGAGGCUUUACUCUAUUUCAGGUCCAACUUUGGGUCAUCAAAAACACAAGCCAAUGUAUUCCUUUAGCCAUUUAUGUCCUACACAGGAGACAGAAGACUACUACUUGCUGCUCCCAGAUAGAAAAGUGAAAUAUCCAGAAGAAUUGGGUAGCCCUUGGAAUCAGGUCUGGGAAAGAUGACAAAUGAGGAAAGUUGGUAAAAUAAUAUGUGUGUGCAUGCACGUGUGUGUGUGUGUGUGUGUGUGUGUGUGUGUGGUUUCUGGAUUAUACCUGGUGGUGCUUAGGAACUACUCAUGGCAAGAUGCUCAGGAGACACUCCCAGCAGUGUUCAGGGGCCCAGGCAGUGCCACGGAUCGAGCCUGAGCUUCUUGCAUGCAAAAACAUGCCCGAUAGCUCUUUGAGCAUUCUCCUCCUCUUCCAUAUGUGUCUCUUCCCCAACUCCCCACCUUAAAGAACAUACCACCAAAGAGACCACAUGUUCCCCAGACUACCUCAAAAACAUCAAGAAAUAGGGACCCAAGUAUAUAGGGAAUGAAUCAUCUUAUUCAUUUACCUUGAGAAAAUAAGUCUUUUCUAUUUCUUCUCUGCUUGAGUGUAGUGCUUGUUGAAAAUACCAUGGGAGAGCUUUUAGGAGCAUUUUUUUAAUCCAUCAAGGAAGAGGCUUUCUGUAUCCCAUAUUCAACCAGGACAAGAGGAAAGUGUCCAGGUGCCACUGUCCUGGCACAUUUCAUGUCUGGGCUCUUCAGACUCCCAUAUCUACCUGGAGACAUUAGAAUAAAAGGAAACGGCCAGCAAUAUAAAUUUACUAGACCUGAAGAAUUUAGAUUACUUCUGUGGAAAACAUUUCUUCAUGUCUUAUAAAAAGCAAUUUCUAUAAAAACUUAAAAAAUAAUGAACAUUUACCUACUUCUUGCUGGGAAUGUAGACCUUCAUCCUUUCCAUUUUCCUAGCAGAUAAUCACCCUUUCCAGAGAAGCAAAUGUAUCUUUCUGAUUCACUUUUCCUCUUCAGCAGCGUCCUUACCUAAGCCAUUUAGCUCAGAAAUGUUACCAGGUUCAGGGUGGCCUCCUAACCUCCAGCCCCAGGUUGAAAAAUGGAACUCUGGAUUAAAAUACUUUUAAUAACCUAGUAAAUGAGGGUCAGAGCAAUAGUACAGAGGGUAAGACACUGAAUCCAGCCAGGAGUGAUCCUUGAGCACAGAGCCAGGAAUAAAACCUAAGCAAGCUGGGCAUGGCCUCAACACAAAAAAAAGAAGCUAAUAAAUGUAUAUUUAGAGAAUGAAACUUCUCGACAGUGAGGGGAAGAUGUUCUGUUCCCCAGUGUCCCCACUGCUUACUUUUCAGGGCGUCCUUCCUCAUGGGAACAGACAAGAUGGAGAAGUCCUAAAAACUGAAAUGAGUGUUCCUAAAAACUGAAAUGAGUGUUUGAAUGCAUUUUCCUAGAUGACCCACCUCACCCAUCAGAAGGGCUCGAAAAUUUAAGGCAGAGUUCCUGGUUGCUUAAGGGGAGGUUCUUUCAUGAGUGGAACUCGGAGCAAGAGGAUGGGUGUGUGGGUGGAGGACCCAAAGGAAUAGAUGCUCAGACCAGCUCCUCACAGAAGGGAAUGAUACCGAUCACAUGUGAAGGGGGCAGGUUUUCAGUCUCAUGCAUAGGUACAGUUAGAAAUCACCAUGUCCUGUCACUCCCUUCAGUUCUUUAUUCGUUCAUCAGAAUGGUGCUAUUGAGAAAUGGUGCUAAUAUCCAGACACUGGCAGAAUAUAAACAUAUCCAGCAUAUAAACACAUGGGAAAAGCCAUGUCUUCAUCAUCUGUUCAGUGUCUAAUGGUGUUGCUGGCAAAAGCCAGUUAAAUAUCUUAGAUACCAGACACUGAAAAUUUUUAUAUCAUAUUAUUUUAUUUUCAAGCCAUUAGUGCAUAUUAUUCUGGUAAAUUCCUGUGGAUACAAAAUGCUGAGGUUGGGAUAAAACUCAAAGUAUAUCAGAAACAUGAGGAGAGUAGAAUAUGUUUACUUAAAGCCAGAGAUCAGUAACGUCUCCAUUGUGAGACUUGUUACUGUUUUUGGCAUAUAGAAUAUGCCACAGGUAGCUUGCCAGGCUCUGCCAUGGGGGUGAGACACUCUCGGUAGCCUACUGGACUCUCAGAGAGGGGUGGAGGAAUAGAACCCGAGUCAUCUGUGUGCAAGGCAAGCACCCUACCCACUGUGCUAUAGCUCCAGCCCACUAGUGCCCACUCGAGAAAAUCGAUGAGCAAUGGAAUGACAGUGAUACAGUGAAAGCCAGAGAUUAUAUUUCUAGAUAAUAACUGUAUUCUUAUAUUCCCUUUCUUUUCACUAUAAACAUUGCUGGCUGAUGGCCAUCAUUGAUAAAAUAAUAGUUUUAGAAAGAAGGUGCUUAAAUUAUCAGUAUAUGCACAAAACAAAACCAGAUUUUUUUUCUAGUAAGAUUCCUUGCAAAGAUAGUCUUUGGAGUGUAGUAUAGAGUUUUGAGGAGGAUCCACUUAGUGGGAAAAUUGAUUGAAAUUAACCUAAGACUGUGCUACACAGCAUCCCACAUGUCUUGAGACCUGGAUAUAAAUAACCUGUUCAUCAGAACUCAGGAGCAAACCCAUAUUUCUUCUGGCAAGAUUUCUCCUCUUUUUCAAUUGCAUAUUAUUGGUCCCUACUCACUCAUUGUUGACAUUCACUUUCUGUAAUGAUGUUUUGUCAUAAGAUUUGUAAAGCCUAUACCUCUUCCGUCUGAAUCCCAGUAUUAAGAUAGCACUUGAUAUUGGAGUCAUCUGAAAUAGUGGUUGCUGCCUAGAUAAUCACUCAGCUGUGAGUUGUCACAGUUGUUACAGAAUGGCAUCAGUGGUGCCAGGGCUUAAUGGGUUCCGAUGCUUGCAACAUGAGUUAGAUGUCAGUUUCAUCAGGAGACUCUGAGGACAAGGAUCUCAAUGGUGUCUGCACCAUUUGGAUGCACUGAGGGGCCAAGCUGAAGUAACUUUGGUUUGCUUGAUCCGUGGCUUACUUUCUUCCCAUUCUGAACCAAAAAGUGAGAAACAGAGCAAGAGACACACUGGAUUCACAUCUACCGUGAACCAAGGACAGCCAUAGGGCAUGGUGCUUACAAUGUGUAGGUUCUCAAAAUCCAUUCCGUUUACAUCUUCCUUCAUACCAGUAGGGAAGUCCUUUUCUGAGAAGUUGUGUGUUGUUUGUGAACAUAAGAGAGCAAUAUUUAAGAAGCCUUUUAGUAAAUAGCUCUCUAAGAUAGGUAAUCACUUUGUGAUACAAUUGCCUCUUAAUCAGAAAGACUUGUUUUAUGAUGGAUUUUCUUGCAUAAGACCACACUUCCCUUCAAUCUCCUAAGACAUCCAAGAUGCCAUAGCAUCCUGUUAUGAUGCUUCCAUGUAUUUAGUGACUUUUUAAUAACCUUCAUCGAGUUUCUAAAACAUAUUUGAAGCAUUUCCUGUUGUUUCUUAUGAUAAUUUCCCAUUUGAUUAGCCAAAAUCUUCCAAACGCUGAAAGUUAGACAUUGCUACCCACAGAUUGCAGUCUUAGCUCUUUUCCCUUUUACUUGAAGAUGAAACCCUGGGGACAAUACAUUGGGUGCUUAGUGCAUAAUGAUUUACUUUCAACAGACAGACGAUAUGAACUGCCUGGUGCUAUAACUUUGCCUAUAUAUUUGAUAGUACUCUUGUUUUUAUAGUGCUAACUCAAAGUAUUAUUGUUAGUAGUGUUAUUGUAAGUUGUAUCAUUUACAAAACCAUGGUUGGAGAAGCACAAUUCUGCUUACCACUGUUUUCCAAAGGGUUUGUGUUAUGUACAUGAUCCAACCCAUCACCUUGUAUCUUCGUGCUGCUUUG